CUCCAUCUAGUUCUAUUACAGUCCCGUCUGUAUUUUUGAUUCGGAGCUCGUUUUGGUUUUGUGAAUGCCCCAACGCGAUUAACAAAACAUCACCUAGCAUCAUGCACUAGCGGUGGCGGGCUAGUGAUCCACCGCACGUUCCUUGAAGAAUUCGGCCAUCGCCAAAAUGGCGACCUCCACGGUCCACCCUCACCCCGACCAGCUCCUCUCCGACUCGGACUCGGACUCCGACCACGCCGCCUCCGGCGCCCACCCGCUCCGCCACGUGGACCUCUCGGACUCCAUCUUCAAAUCCUACCUCCAGUUCACCGGCCACAGUGCGAGCACCGUCGACCUCUCGAAGAUCCAAUCAUUCCUCGCCUCCUCCUCCUCCGGCGCCCUGUCGUGCCUCAUCUGCCUCGAGCGCAUCAGGCCCUCCGACCCCACCUGGUCCUGCUCCUCCCUCUGCUUCUCCGUCUUCCACCUCCUCUGCAUCCAGUCCUGGGCCCGCCAGUCCCUGGAUUCCGCCGCAGCGCGCGCCGCCACUCGCCUUUCCAUCCCCGCCGACAAGGCCGCGGAGGCGGCCUCCUGGGCCUGCCCGAAAUGCAGGUGCGAGUACUCCAAGACCCAGAUCCCAAAAUCGUAUCUUUGUUACUGUGGCAAGGUAGAGAACCCGCCAGGUGAUGAUCCUUGGAUCUUGCCGCAUUCUUGUGGUGAGCUGUGUAAUCGGCCCUUGAGGCCCCUUUGUGGGCACUCUUGCUUGUUGCUUUGUCACCCUGGUCCGUGCCCCAGCUGCCCUCAGCUCGUUGAGGCCGAGUGCUUUUGUGGAUCAGCCCGGGAUGUCCGCCGUUGUGGGUUCAAGAACUUUUCCUGUAAGAAAAGGUGCAAUAAGUUGUUGGAUUGUGGCAUUCAUCAGUGUGGUGAAAUUUGUCAUGAGAGCGAUUGCCCGCCUUGUCGGAAGAGAAGCGUGUAUCAGUGCAGAUGCAGGAAGAGGGAGGAAGAGAGAGAUUGUUGCGAUAGAGAUUUUCAGUGCAAUGUGCCGUGCGAGAAAGCUCUUGGUUGUGGGAAGCAUGUGUGUAGCAAAGGGUGUCAUACUGGGGAAUGCGGUGAUUGCCAACUGCAAGGGAAAAGAACUUGCCCUUGCAGGAAGAGAGUGUAUGAAGGAAUGGCUUGCGAUGUCAAUGUGCCUUUGUGUGGCGCCACGUGUAACAAGAUGCUGAGCUGCGGUUAUCAUAGAUGCCCGGAACGGUGUCAUCGUGGACCUUGCAUUGAGACUUGUAGAAUUGUCAUUACCAAGUCAUGUAGGUGUGGAAGCUUGAAGAAAGAGGUUCCUUGCUAUCAAGAUUUGUCAUGUGAGAGGAAGUGUAUGAGGAUGAGAGACUGUGGACGUCAUGCAUGCAAGCGUCGUUGCUGUGAUGGGGAUUGCCCGCCAUGCUCGGAGAUAUGUGACAAGAGGCUUAGGUGCAAAAACCAUAAAUGUCCUUCCCCAUGUCACAGAGGUGCCUGUGCUCCUUGCCCAGUGAUGGUGACAAUUUCAUGCGCAUGCGGUGAAACACAGUUCGAGGUUCCCUGUGGUACUGAAAUGGAUCAGAAACCUCCUAGAUGCCGCAAACCUUGUUCUAUUGCGCCACUCUGUCGGCAUGCAUCAAUUUGCAAGCCACAUAAGUGCCACUAUGGAGCAUGCCCGCAAUGCAAGCUGAUUUGUGAAGAAGAGUAUCCAUGUGGUCAUAGGUGCAAACUGAGAUGCCAUGGCCCUAAACCUCCUCCUAAUCCAGAAUUCACAGUGAAACCGAAGAAGAAAAAGUUUGUUCGCCAGAGUGAAUAUACUCCUGGUUAUCCGUGCCCUCCUUGUCCUGAACUUGUCUGGAGAUCAUGUGUUGGACAGCAUGUAGGGGCAGAAAAGAUGAUGGUAUGCUCAGAGAGAACACUGUUCUCAUGUGAUAACUUAUGUGGGAAUCCUUUAUCCUGUGGCAAUCAUUAUUGCACUAAAACUUGCCAUGCCUUGAAGAGCCAAUCUUCAACUUCAUCUACGAUCAGAGGUGGUGAAUCUUGUGAAGAGUGUGCUCUCCCUUGUCAAAAGGAGAGGACACCCGAAUGUCCGCAUCCCUGUCCCUUCCCUUGCCAUCCUGGUGAAUGUCUACUGUGCAAAGUUCUUGUCAAGCGAUCAUGUCACUGUGGUUCCAUGGUGCAUGUUUUCGAAUGCACAUAUUACAACACCCUGUCAGGGGUAGAGCAAAUGGCUGUUCGAUCAUGUGGUGGACCCUGCCACAGAAAGUUGCCCAAUUGUACCCAUCUCUGCCCGGAGACGUGCCAUCCGGGUACAUGCCCAUCUCCUGAGAAAUGCGGCAAAAAGGUUACUGUUCGUUGUGAAUGCCAGACUUUGAAAAGGGAGUGGUCAUGUCACAAUGUCCAAGCAGCAUAUCGUGCUACUGGCGGUGAUCCAAAGGACAUAACGAAGAAUCAAUUCGGACAUGCGCUUCUUCCUUGCAACUCCGACUGCAAAAGCAGAGUACAAGUUGUUCAAUCAGACUUGCAACAACGUAAACCUAAAAUUUCAGAGAUCAAGGAGCCUGAUUCAGGGAAGUCUGCCCCAAAGCGUCGGAAGCGACGUGAAAGACUGCAAGAAACAAGAGAAACUUCAACUCUGCAGAGAAUUGGCAGCGCCAUGCGGUGGGUGCUUGUUUGUCUAGCCAUUGUGGUGGUUAUGAUCGCAGCGAGCUACUAUGGUUACAAAGGUCUAUUGAGGCUUUCUGAUUGGAUGAAUGAGAUCGAUAGGCAAAGACAACGAAGACAUCCUCGAAUCUAGUCGAAAUGUAUUUGCACAUACCAUUGUUUUCUUUCAUCUAUUUCAUAGGCAUAGACAGAUAAAGUUCUGCCCAGAAAUUCGCCGCCGGCUAGACAUGAAUAUAAACGCCAAAACACCAAUCAAACAUGUUCUAACUUGUGAUGAACGCUGAGAAAACCCAAUCCUGGAGACACUAGGCUGGUUAUAUUUAUACUAGUAUUGUGACGUCUCUCUCAUAAGGACCAAUAUAAGGUUAAUUUUUU